AUGAAUGUGUUCUCGCAGCGGUCGGAGCGGGUGAAGGGGGUGGACAUCCACCCCACCGAGCCCUGGAUCCUUGCCUCUCUGUACAAUGGCAAUGUGUACAUCUGGAACUACGUGGAGGGUGCCCUGGUCAAGUCCUUUGAGAUCACAGACCUGCCGGUGCGGACCGCCAAGUUCAUCCCGCGCAAGCAGUGGAUGGUCUGCGGCGCCGACGACAUGCACGUCCGGGUGUACAACUACAACACCAUGGACAAGGUGAAGCAGUUCGAGGCACACACCGACUACAUCAGGCACCUGGCGGUGCACCCCACGCUGCCCUACCUGCUCACCUGCUCGGACGACAUGCUGAUCAAGCUGUGGGACUGGGAGAAGGGCUGGGUCAAUACACAGGUCUUCGAGGGACACUCUCACUACGUCAUGCACGUCGUGUUCAACCCCAAGGACCCCAACACCUUUGCCUCCGCCUCCCUAGAUCGCACCGUGUGGGGCAUCGGCAGCCACAUGCCCAACUUCACGCUGGAGGGCCACGAGAAGGGCGUCAACUGCGUGGACUACUACACAGGAGGCGACCGCCCGUACCUGGCCUCCGGCGCCGACGACCGCCUGGUGAAAGUGUGGGACUACCAGACCAAGGCCUGCAUCCAGACCCUGGACGGGCACGCCCACAACAUCACGGCGGUGGGUUUCCACCCCGAGCUGCCACUGCUGCUGACCGGGUCGGAGGACGGCAGCGUCAAGGCCUGGCACUCCACCACCUACCGCCUGGAGCACAGCCUGGACCACGGCAUGGAGCGGGUGUGGGCGGUGGCCUACACGCGCGGCUCCAACUCCAUCGCCAUCGGCUACGACGAGGGCUGCGUCAUGGUCAAGCUGGGCCGCGACGAACCUGUGGCCUCCAUGGACGCUGGGGGGAAGGUGGUCUGGGCGCGGCACAACGAGAUCCAGACCGUCAACAUCAAAUCGCUGGGCGACGCGCACGAGGAGAAGGACGGCGAGCGCCUGCCGCUGGCGGUCAAGGACCUGGGGUCCUCGGAGCAGUACCCGCAGUACCUCGCGCACUCCCCCAACGGCCGCUUCGUCGCGGUGUGUGGCGACGGCGAGUAUGUCAUCUACACCGCCCUGGCCUGGCGGAACAAGGCCUUUGGCGCGGCGCUGGACUUUGCCUGGAGCGACGACAGCAACACCUUUGCCAUCAGGGAGUCGAGCACCGUGGUCAAGAUCUUCCGCAACUUUAAGGAGGCGCAGACGCUGCGCCUGCCGUACAGCGCGGAGGGCAUCCACGGCGGCAGCCUGCUGGGCGUGCGCACCCCCGACGCCAUCACCUUCUACGACUGGGCCGGCGGCGCGGUGGUCCGCCGCAUCGAGGCCGAGGUGCGCGCGGUGCACUGGUCGGAGGGCGGCGCCGGCGUGGCGCUGGUGGGCCCGGCGGCGACGCACAUCCUGGAGUACUCGCGUGAGGCGGCGGAGGCCGCGCUGGCCAGCGGCGAGGGCGUGGACGAGGACGGCGUGGAGUCGGCCUUCGAGCUGGUGGGCGAGAUUGGAGAGCCCGCCACCAGCGCGGUCUGGGUCGGCGACUGCCUGGCCUUCACCACGUCCAGCUGGCGCAUCGCCUAUGCGGUGGGCGGGGAGACCACCACCCUGGCCCACGCCGACCGCCCGCUCUACCUCCUGGGCUACCUGGCGGCCGCGGGGCGGCUGUACGCGGUGGACCGUGCGGGGGCAGUGGUGGCCUACACCCUGCUCCUGCCGGUGGUGGAGUUCAAGACGCGCGUGCUGCGCGGCGACGUGGACGGCGCGCGCGCCCUGCUCCCCACCGUGCCCGAGGCGGAGCACGCCGCGCUGGCGCGUUUCCUGGAGGCGCGGGGCCACCUGGAGGCGGCGGCCGAGGUGGCCACCGACCCCGCCCACCGCUUCGACCUGGCGCUGGCGCUGGGGCGGCUGGACUCGGCCGCCGCGCUGGCGGCCGAGUCGGGGUCGGCGCUGGCCUGGCGUGCGCUGGGCGAGGCCGCGCUGGCGGCGGGCGACCUGGGCGCGGCGCUGCUGGCUCGCACCUACCGCCCCUCGCGCGCGGGGGAGGUGGUGGUGCGCUGGCAGGCCGACCUGGCGCGCGCCAACCCGAAAGCCGCCGAGGCGCUGGCCAACCCAGACGACUACCCGAACCUGUUCCCAGGCUGGAGCGAGGCGCUGGAGGCGGAGCGGGCGGUGUAUGGCGCCGUCGGUGCUGGGGAGGAACAGGGAGUGGGAAUGGGUGCCGGAGCCGAGGAGGCUGGGGUGGACGAGGGGGCCGAUAGCGAGGAGGCCGGUGCCGGUGCCGCUCCUGCAGUCGGCGCGGCGGCAGUGGGCAGCGCGAUUGGACUCGCCUCUGGCCCCAUCCGCGGCGCCAAGGAGGCAGCCGCGUCAAACGGCGCGCCGGCCGCGGGCCAGGCGUACGCCUUCCACGACGACCCCGCGUCGGCUGAGGAGGAGGCGGAGGCUUUUGGGACCGAGGCGGAGGGUUUUGUAGGCGGGGGCUCGGCCGACUGGGGCGAGGAGCCGGAGGCCGAGGCGCCAGUCGUCGAGGCGCCCGCGCUGGCGCCGGCGGUCCGGCUUGCGCCCGAGGAGGAGGACGAGCUGUCGGCCGCACUCGGGGCGCUGACGCCGGACGAGGAGGCGCUGCUGGCCGAGGAGGGCCUGGACGACGAGGAUCUGGCCGGGUUCGGGGACGCCGAUGAGGAUGGCCUGGACGAGGGGGCGGGCGACUUCAGCGACGACUGGGGCCUGGAUGAGGGGGCCAAGCGCGACUGA